AUGGUGGCACUUGGUAAUCGGCAACAGCAUGGAGUUGACUACGAAGAAACAUUUACACCUUUCGCAAAAAUGACUACUGUAAGACUUAUUCUUGCUAUUGCAGCCUCUCAAGGUUGGCCAUUGAGUCAAAUGGACGUUAACAAUGCUUUCUUACAUGGGGAUUUUAAGGAAGAAAUCUAUAUGACUCCACCACCUGGAUUCUUCUCCACUCCAUCGACAGAUGUUUGUAAGCUCAAACGAUCACUUUAUGGCUUGAAACAGGCACCACGAGCCUGGUUUGACAAGUUUCGCACUACACUUAUCAACUUCUCCUUUGUCCAUAGUCAGUAUAAUUCUUCUCUGUUCCUUUGCAAAACUUUAAAUGGCAUUGUUUUACUCUUGAUUUAUGUUGAUGAUAUCGUUAUUACGGGUACAGACUCUACUUUGAUUUCCAAACUUAAAGAGCAUCUUUGUCAGUCCUUUCAUAUGAAGGAUUUAGGUCCUUUGCAAUAUUUUUUGGGUCUUGAGGUUCAGUCGACAGACACUGGUCUUUUUUUACACCAACAUAAAUAUACUCGAGAUAUUAUUUCUUUGGCUGGACUACAAGAUGGUCGCUCAGUUGACACUCCUUUAGAGGUAAAUGUCAAAUAUCGUCGGGAUGAUGGUGAUUUUAUUUCUGAUCCUUCUUUGUAUCGUAGAUUGGUGGGAAGCCUCAAUUAUUUGACGAUUACAAGGCCAGAUAUUUCAUUUGUUGUUCAACAAGUUAGUCAAUUUAUGCAAGCACCUACACACAUCCAUCUAGCUGCUGUUCGUCGCAUUAUUCGCUAUUUGCAAGGCACUUCUGAUAAAGGUCUCUUCUUUCCUGUGGGUACUUCCAUUCGUUUAGAUGCAUAUAGUGAUGCAGACUGGGCUGGUUGUUCAGAUACUCGACGUUCUAUUACCGGCUGGUGUAUGUUUCUUGGUGACUCUCUUGUAUCAUGGAAGAGCAAAAAGCAGCAACGAAUAUCUAAAUCUUCAACUGAAUCUGAGUAUCGUGCUAUGUCCUCUGCAUGCUUAGAAAUUAUUUGGCUUCGUGGUCUCUUGGGUGAACUUGGCUUCUCUCAAGCCGAGCCUACUCAACUUCAUGCAGAUAAUACCAGUGCCAACCAAAUUGUCGCAAAUACAGUAUUUCAUGAACGUACAAAACACAUUGAAGUGGAUUGUCAUUCUAUUCGUGAUGCAUAUGAUAGUCGUGUUAUUUCACUUCCUCAUAUCAAUACUUCUCUUCAAACAGCUGAUGUUUUCACGAAGGCUCUUUCAAGAAAACGUCAUCAGUUCUUGGUUGACAAAUUGAUGCUUCACAAUCAUCCAUCAUCAAUUUGA